AAUGGAAAGUUUUUAUGAAGGUGGGUCUUCGUCUCUCACAGAUUUGACAAGUGGAAGGGUGACAAGAGAGCGUGAUCAAGAUAUCAUCUUUGUUUGAGUUUAAAGAAAAUAUGAGUUGCGGCCAAGAAGUAACAAGAUGAAGAAAAGGGAAAUGCACUCUAUUCAGAUUCUUUUCUUGUUAACUCUUUCGCCUUUAAUUUGUGUUAGUAGUAGUCAUCAUUUUGUGCUUGUUCAUGGAGCAUACCAUGGUGCAUGGUGUUGGUAUAAGGUUGCAACUAUGCUUCAAUCAGCUGGUCAUAAUGUUACAACCGUUGAAUUGGCUGCUUCUGGUAUCAAUCCAAUACAGGUUCAAGAUUUUCAUUCAAUUUCAACAUAUUAUGAACCUUUGAUCAUAUUUAUGGAAUCUCUUCCUCCAAAAGAGAAGGUGAUAAUCGUUGGUCAUAGUAUUGGAGGAGUGUCUGAAUCUGUUGCUAUGGAAAAAUUUCCACACAAAAUUUCAGUUGCAGUUUUUGUUACUGCUUAUGUGCUAAGUCAAAAUCUGACAUACCCUACUAUUAUUCAAGAGGAAGCUAGAAGGAUCACUAAUUUAAUGGACCUAAAGUUUUUCUUUUUUGAUGGACCUGACAAACCUGCAACUGCUAGAUUUGUUGGACCCAAAUUCCUUGCAACCAAGAUGUAUCAAUUAUCACCACCUGAGGAUUUGACCCUUGCAUUGUCCCUGGUGAGACCUGAUAGAAUUUAUAAUGAUGUUGAAUUAUUGAAGAAGGAAACAGCAGUUACCAAUCAUAGAAAUGGAAGAGUACCUAAGAUAUUUAUCAUCAGUAAAAGUGAUAAUUUAAUAAGAGAGGAUUUUCAAAAGUGGAUAAUUGAGAGAAGUGGUCCAUAUGCUGAGGUGAAAGUGAUUAAGGAUUCUGAUCACAUGGUCAUGUUCUCUAAACCAAAGGAGCUUAGUUCUAUCCUUCUAAAGAUUGCACAGAAAUACUAAUCUUUAAACAAUUAUGUGUAUGGUUUGGGAUUAUAUUUCUAUUAUGAAUUAUGAUUGUGAAUUCCAUUGAAUAAGAAAAAUUGGAGUGUCCUCCUCUUGUAUGCUA